GCCCUCCAAUAGGAGGAGAGAAGUGUGAUUUCAGGACAUUGUGCGCCUGCGCCGCCCAUGCAGCACAGACACGGAAGCAAGCCUGUGUUUGUGUGUAUGUGUGUGUGUGUGUGGGGGGAGGGUAUGCAAGCACACACACACGCGUGGCUAAUGUAACAGAAAAAAGAGCUGUGAUCACAAUGGAGUGAGUGUUUCUGAAGGGAAAGAGGGAAGAGGAGAGCUUCCUGGUUAUGUUCUGACCGAGAUUGUGCGCCGUCUCCAUUUCCUCAUUGACAUCAUUCCGGCCUCCGUCAUGUCGCUGCUGACUCACGUACUGGCGUGCCUGUUCGGUAUGGGCUCCUGGGUGGCCAUCAACGGGAUGUGGGUGGAGCUUCCCCUGGUCGUACCGGAGAUCCCAGAGGGCUGGUAUCUGCCAUCGUACCUCACGGUCAUCAUCCAGAUGGCCAACAUCGGUCCCCUCGUCAUCACUCUGAUGCACCGCUUCCGCCCCGGGGUGCUGAAUGAGCGGCUGAUCAUCUACUCCAUUGUGGGGCUGGGGAUCGUUGCCACAUUCCUGCUGGCUUUCUUCUGGAGGCACACUGUGACGAUAGAGGGCUCCUUGCACAGUGUGCCACUGCUGGUGUUGAGCUUCCUGCUCUCUGUGGUGGACUGCACCUCCUCUGUUACAUUUCUGCCGUUCAUGAUGCAGCUGCGUCCGCAGUACCUCACCACGUACUUCGUCGGCGAAGGCCUCAGCGGUCUGGUGCCCGCACUGGUGGCUCUGAUUCAAGGUGUUGGCGUAGUCCACUGUCAGAAUGCUACUUUGGCCGACGCCGCCAGCGAAAUAGCCAUUAACGCUACUGUUGGCAGUGGAGAGCUACAAGCUGUCUACCAGCCAGCUAAAUUCUCAGCCCAGGUCUUCUUCGUGUUCCUCAGUGCCAUGAUGGUUGUGUGCCUUGUAGCCUUCAUCCUACUCAACCAUCACCCAGCUUUGGCUCGAGAGAGAAAGAACGACUUGUACUUCAGUGGCGAUCUGGCCUCUGGGAAGAGAGAGGAAGGUCUGUCCAUGCACGCCCAGACACCGGAGCAGAAGCCUAUGAUCAGCCCACUGGAAGCCGGCAGGAGGAAGCCCAAGAGCUCCUUUGGGAGGGGGACGUAUAGCAAUCUGGAGGCGAUGUUCAUCUUUGUUGUACUGGCCUGGGUCAAUGCUCUGACCAACGCAGUGCUGCCCUCAGUCCAGUCCUACUCCUGUCUGCCCUACGGGAACAAGGCCUACCAUCUAGCUGCCACCAUGGCAGCUGUUGCCAACCCAGUGGCCUGCUGCAUCGCCAUGUUUGUGCCGAUUCGGUCUCUCAUCUUGAUGGGUUUCUUGGCCAUGGUCGGGACUGGAUUUGGGGCCUACAUCAUGGCCAUGGCUGCCCUUAGUCCCUGCCCCCUUUUGGUCCACAGUGACUCUGGAACUGCAGUCAUAGUGCUGGCCUGGGUCCUGUUUGUCCUCUCCCUGUCCUACGUCAAGGUCAUCAUUGGGGUGAUUCUGAGGGACGAGGGCCACAGUGCCCUCGUGUGGUGUGGAGCAGUAGUGCAGUUGGGCUCCAUGGUUGGGGCCGUGUCCAUGUUCCCAUUGGUCAGUGUAUAUGGACUUUUCAGGUCAGGUGACGCUUGCAACACCAAGUGUCCAAUGUAGUGAAUAAAAUAUGUUUCAGUGACACACUGCUGUACAAAACUGAAAAAAAAACAAUGCGCUUAAUUUAGAUGCACUGAACUCAUUGCAGUCGUGAGCUUUACAUAUUCCUAUUGUUACAGUCUGGAGCUGUUCACCUACUACCAACAGUAUCACUCCCUGAUGUUGUUUAACUGAUUGGCUGAGUCACGUGGUGUAUGUUCCAUGCAGAAAUCUGUAUGUAUUGACUAACGGAGCACAAGGAUGAAAAAGACCUCAACAUUAUAAACGCGUUGUCACUUUGUUGUUCCUUCUCAAUUCAGAGGUCAAAGCCAGUUUACUUGAAUUGUUAAUAUGGUGUGAAAGUAUAAUUGAUGGAUGUUUCUUUUGUAAGAACAUAUGGUACUUUUGGCUUUAAAAUGUGCCUUAAUUUUGAGGCAGAUUUGCGCUUGCUUUUGGUGUACAUGGUUGUACAUCCUGUUUGUUACUUGUGUGGAGAAACUGUUCAACAAUACCAAAUAAAUGUUGUCUUGUUGCCU